CGUCCGUCUCACCACUAAUUGUUUACAUGCUUGUGCCAAGUGUUCGAGUCGAUCAUUGAGGUUUCACUCCGAUAUUCUCUCUUUCUCUCUCUACCCUUGCUCCAAAAUUGCGGUACCACUCUGAUACCCCUCUCGGUGUCUUUCGCUCAUCUACAUCGGCAUAUAACCGCCAUCAUGCUUUCUUCAGGCUUACUUUCAACCUAUAAACAAUACAAGCGCGACACUGAUGCCGUUGCCUCGUGGCUGGCUGCCACCGCGAUAAGCUCCGGCUACUCCAAGCCCCUGAGUGAGCCACCCGCCAAGGCUACGUCUUCAGUGCCCACGUCUGAGAGGUUGAAGGGCAAGGCGCGGAAGGAGGCUAAGAAACAGGCUAUCAUCAACCCAUUACAGGCACCCGAGGAGAAAGCGCAUGAGGACACGACGCCGAAACACAUCAUCGCUAUCAAGGAUUUCCUGCCACUGGCCCAAUUCGUCGCGGGAAAGUUGUCCGACUCCCUCAAGGUCCCAGAAUCGUUCAUGUCAUCCCUCAACCGUGUCAUUGAAACUCGCAAGCGGUUCUCAACCAUGCUGGGAGGUAUUCGAAGAUUCAAGGACUACCGUGGGGACAAUAAACAUGCUUUCUUUGUCACCGUCCUUGAGCGCGUUCGCGAUGCCUUUAAAUCCCAUGUGGGCGCGUUCGACGUAUCUGCUCUACAAGACGCGACCCGUGGCAUCGAAAAGACUCUCAAGAACGGUUCAAAACAUGCUGACGGACCCAAAAAUAUGUUCGCUAUCCUAGACGUGUACGAGCCAUCUGAGGACUUCCUGGCGGCCCCGAACAUCGAGCGUCAGGCUAAGGUUCCUGAAGUCUUCAUGGCUGAGGAAGACGACUCCGAUACAGCAGCCCUCUUCAUUUAUACUGCGUACCUCAAGGAUCUCGGCCAACUUCGCGAAGAGAUCCUCCAGCUCUGGACCGAGUAUAGAUCAGGAGAUAGAGACCUCGCCGCCGUUUCAAUUGCCACCAAUACCGCUCUGCAGCUUGCACGCAAUAUGGAGCAAGAAAUUGCCUCAUCGAUGGAGAAGCUUGGAGGUGCCAUGGAAGCCAUCCAAAUGUUCUAUGAGGCUGCUUGCGCAGCUCAAGGCCAGGACCCUCUUGAUAAGCAGUGGGGUGAUGAUUUGAACUUCAACUGCUACCAGGACGCCUCCGACCUCUACUUCACUACUCUCAGUCUUCUUCACGCCUUCAGCAGCAGCGAAUCGCCCUCAAACAUUCCGAAUUAUAACGGGAAGUUCGGUUGGUACAAUGAUAAGAAAAGAGGAACCACCGCCCGCGAGCGAUGGGCAGAGGAUAAGGCAGCACUCCUUGAAGUCUUCGCGGAUCAAACCAUGCUCGUUCAGCUGUUUCGAGGAUCCCCGGUUCAGGAUGAAUUCACCAAAGGAUUGAAAUACGUGAUGGACACGGGUAAAUUGGAAGUAUGGCUAUGCUUCUCCGCCCAAGUGUACCUCGACAUUCUCAAGUCCCUCGGACCCUCAGUUCGAAACGGGGAGAGGGAUUUCCAGCGGUCCCUGAAGCCGAUUGCAGACAGUGUCGAAGAGGCUCUGCGUAUUCGCAGCAACCGAGAGGGUGCGGUCAGGGAGAACAUGCAGGAUCUUCGCAAGCUGGCAAUCUUAUGGGGGCCCGGAAAAGACCCAUUCAACGCCAUUCGUAUUGCAUCGAGGCUUCAGACAAGGACUUCUAACUUCUUGGAACAUCACCCGAUGUACUGCGGUCUCUUCUUGCAUUACGUCCGAACUCUCUUCCACCGCGUGGGGGCCGAGUAUGCUGCGAAGCCGGGUAACGUGAUGCACGGCAUCCAGCUCUAUCAAGCUCUCCAACAGGAAGGCUUCUUGCAAGACGGAGACAAGUGGGACGCUCUGGAUUCAAUGAUGGAGCAACAGGGCCGGACCGCCUUCUUUGUCGGCGAUCCCCCAGUGAACCCAGAAGCGUAUUUCAAGAACUUUGGACUCUCAAAAGGAGUUUCGGCUGCGCAAUGGAUUCAGAAGCGCAACAAACCCAACAACAAUCGCGUCAUGACCUCAAAAGCUGGCAUUCGGAUCAUGAAGUUCAAGGGAGUCUGUUCUUGUUUGUUUGCCCCUAGGGUCUUGGACAACUCGGAUCCCAGAGGCCUUAACGCGGACGUUAUUGAUCAAAUCCUUGAGCGAAGUGGCUGGCUUAACAAAGCAGGCAACGACGGCACCCCCUCCGACCCCGAAAAGCCCAAGAAGCACCGUGCCCUCCUCCUAUCUGAGCUAGUUCGUCAAGUCGCCCUUGCAGUUCAUGACGAGGUUCCUGAGCUCACUCUCGACUACUUUCACACCGACCACCUUUGCAAGGCUGUUUUGAAACGCGUGCGAGAAAACGUAGAUGUCAAGAAUGGCGGCUCGAUCGAGUCCAGUCAGCUCCGUGCGCUUCAAGCAGACAACCCAGGAGAUACUGUAGGCAUCGUUUUCGCUGCGGUUGUUGGCCACGUACCCGUUCUUUUUCCAGACCAGAAGGCGCCUCUCCGAGAGGCAGCUGAAGCUUUCAAGAGCAAGCAUACCUUGGAAGAUUAGUCGGCCUUAUUAUGUGUCGCCCACAAAUGCUCUAGAGAACGAACCGUAGCCGUCAGGUUAUUAUAUCCAAUGUAUUGAUCAGC